ACAGAAAUCGAAAAUUCAAACUGCGCGCGGUUAGUUAUUCGUUCUCGCAAUUUCUCCUCUACUAGCUCUCUCUCUCUCGGCUCUGUGCGUGUGUGUGUUUUCCCAUCUGCAAUGGCGGAUGCGACGUCGUCUUCACCAUCACGAUCUCCGGCGAAUGCUGAGCUGGCUCUUCCACGUUCCGACGUUGAAUCUCAGCUCUCCUCUUUCCUUUACGAUCUUUCCCACCGGGUACAAGCUGCUAUGGAGGAUAUGCUUAAGAUGAUAAAUGAAAUAGAUCAGAAUUCUUCUGAUGUAAUGGAUGACAUAAAGAACUUGAAGGACUUUGCUCUUGAGAGGAAAAGAACCUUAGAUGAAGAGAAAGAGCAUUAUCAGAAAGCUGCCUAUGCUGUUAUAAGCAUGCUGAAUAACCAGUUUGCUGAAGGCUAGGAUGAAGAAACACCAGUUCAUGGAGGAAUUAUCCUAAAUGAUACUGAAUGCCUAUCCUGGAAUGAGACUCCCACUGGUUACAAACUCUGGCAGUCUUCUUAGUAUUGGUAUUCUAGAUUCAUGGUAUGUAGAGUUUAUUUGAACUUCUUUCAUUUGUCAAGAAAAGGCACAGAUCUGCUAUUAUUUUUUUCUGUUCAGUAUACAUGUUUAAUUUGUACUGAUGCUGAGUGAAGAUAAUUCUCUUAAGUGAAGAGUGCUUGGGUGAUGAAAUGUUCUGAUCCCCAUAAGCUGCCAAAUGUUUCAAGUUUUACUCUCUCAUUUCUUUGUGCUGUAGCCUUUAUAUGUUGGUUUAGCUAUGCAUCUAUUUUCAUGAUUCCGCCCAUGAGAUUCAUAUAA